ACCGUUUUACAUUAUUAGCGAAUAUUAACAAUGAAGAAGAUGUCGCUGAAGGAUUUGGCGCCCAUCGCCAUACCGCACGGGCCUCCGGUGGAGUGCGCCGAGGAGUACUACAACUCGCUGAUGCAGAGUUCCAUGAUUGUGAAAAAAUACCCAGUAUGGGACGUCGCGCGCCCUACCCCACAAGUCCUGAUGGAACAAGCGAGGAGGGAUCUGAUGGAGGCUGAGGAGAAACUUGCCGAAAAGCGAGAGGAGGAGGCUCGCAAUCGCGCCGCCAUGGACAUCAAGUGGGGAGAACUGCGUGCUAAGGAACUGCUGCUGAAGGAAUCCUUCAUUAGCUUUAACAAGUUCAUUAGAGAGAAUCAAGAGAAGCGCAACCGCGCCGAGCGCAAGAUGGCCGCCGACGAGGAGGCGCUAGAACGGAAGACGCGCGAAACAGAGGCCAUGCGCCAGCGCGUGGAAGAGAUGGAAGAAGUCAGGCUUAUGAUGGAGAAGCAAGUCAAGGACUACACUAUCUAUGAGGAUUACUUGAUGGCAGUUGUGAGGAACUAUCCAGAAUUCAAGCAACCUCUGGAUGUUCUCAAUCGAUAUGAAGCUUUAGCCGCUGCAAAAAGUACACUAGCCGACCGACAAGAGCACGACCUGGAGGUGUUGGAAGACGCGAGGAAAGAGAUAGCAUCCCUUACCGAGGAGAAGAAAUUGUUCAUCAUGGGGCUCAACAACAAACUUGCAAACUUGAGGUGGGAAUACGAUCAAGUCCGCAACCGCGUGAUAAAAUGGGAACUGGCCCUGCACCGGUUGAAGGAAACGGCUGCGAUGCGUCACGUCGAGCUGUGCCACGUCAAGGCCGCCAUAUACAACCUCUACGUCAAGAUCUGCAAGAACAAGGGGCUUUCUAUUGAGGUGAAGCCACACGAUUUCGAGCAGCAGUUGGUUGUGAUCAUGCGAGCGUUACUAGAGCUGAAGAGGAUUCACAGAAUCGCAGCCAAGCGCUCUAAGGAGAAGGGUGAUGCAGAGUCCGCGCUCCAGUCUGCCAGCUAAUUUAAUUUAAUGUUUAAAAUCUUAAUAUUAUCAUUAAUAA